AUGUUUUGGUGGCCAGGAAUAAAGAAGGAUAUAAUUGAGUUCGUUUUUGGGUGUGUGGCUGGCCAGAAGUCGAAGAUCGGACAUCAGAAACCAUCAAGAUUGAUGCAACCAUUAGAUAUUCUUGAAUGGAAAUGGGAUGAUAUUUCCGUGGAUUUUGUGACUAGUUUGCCUAAGACUUCUAAAGGGAAUGAUUCAAUUUGGGUUAUAAUGGAUAAAUUGACUAAAUCAGCUCAUUUUAUUCUAAUUAAGAUCAAUUAUCCUUUGCAUAAGUUAGCUGAGUUAUAUAUUGAGAAAGUUGUUAGCUUGCAUGGUAUUCCUUCGAGUAUUAUUUUGAAUAGGGAUUUGAGGUUUACAUCAAGUAUUGGAAUGACAUUGUUUGAGGCUUUGUAUGAUAGAAGGUGUAGAACACCUUUGUGUUGGUAUGAUUUAGGUGAAAGUGUUGUGCUUGGACCUGAGAUUGUUCAGCAGACUACUGAGAAAAUCAAGAUGAUCCAAGAGAAGAUGAAAGCUUCGCAAACUCUCCAAAAGAGUUAUCAUGAUAAAAAGAGAAAAUCACUUAAGUUCCGGGAGGGGGAUCAUGCGUUCUUAAGAGUUACUCUAGUAACUGGUGUUGGUUGUGCGUUGAAGUCUAACAAGCUUACGAUGAAGUACAUUCAUGAUCUGUCUCAUGUGAUCCAAUUGGAUGGUGUGUUAGUUAGAGAGAACUUGAAAGUUGAAACUUUACCGUUGAGGAUUGAGGAUCGUGAAGUGAAACGCUUGCGAGGAAAGGAGAUCGUUUCAAUGAAGGUGAGUCACGAUUUCAGUGAGGGGACUAAUGACUUGUCCCAAGCUCAUAGUGGGGGCUUGGAGCUUAGAGUGGGGGUUCAUGGUUUAGAGAUAGGACUUGGUUCCACUACUACGGAAAACGCAUAUAAUGACGGUUACAAAACACAUAUAAUGAAGGCUUCACGGUUGUUGUUAGGUAGCGUGUGA